AAUGCAUGUAAGGCAUCACAUGAAGGUCAGCAGAAUCAGUGAGAUCUGGGGUGGGAGGCCAGCUCCCACACAGAUUUCUGCCGCAAGUGUGCAGAUAGUGAAAGCCUGGGCUACGUCAGUGCGGGUGAACGCCAGAGCAGAGAAACUGCGGGAUAAAGGAGAGCUGCUGGGAAAUAGUCGUGUUGGUGCGCCGUGUUUUCUGAGAGGGAAAGGAAACCCCCUUCACGCAGCAGCCAGAGGGGCGCACCAUAAAGGCGUGAACAACAAACGGAAUACAAAACAGAAACAUUCUGCUUCACAGACAGUCAGAGCUUUCGUGGCUAGUGGAGUUUCUUCACCUGCACUCGUAGUUUUUGGCCUAAAACUAUCAAAGAUGAGAGCAAUCUCCAUUAUUCUUUUGGUCUUCCCUGUUCUGGUGUACUCCUGUGACGAGCGAGAGUAUCUUAAAGAUGGUCUUUGCUGCAAGAUGUGUGGCCCAGGUUCAAGAAUGAAGCAGAAUACAGACUGCAUGGAUCCACAUUGUCAGUCAUGUGAAACUGGACAAUACCAGGAUGGUUUCACUAAGGACACCAAAUGCAAACAGCAACCUUACUGCGACCCUAAUCUAUUUUUUCAGAAUCAAACUAAUCCAAGUAAGACCGAGCGCACUCAAUGUCAGUGUAUGCCUGACCAUCACUGCCCCACUCCAGAAUGCAUUGCAUGUCAGAGAAACACAGUGUGCCAAAAAGGGGAAAAAGUCAAGGAGAUUGGCACCCAGUUUUCCGACACAAAGUGUGAGCCCUGUCCUAAUGGAACAUUUUCCACUGAACCCUCCGCCAGAACCUGCUCACCGUGGAAAGAGUGUUCCUCAGGAACCGUUGAAAGUGUGCCAGGCUCUUCCACAUCUGAUCGGAUCUGUGAAUAUCAUUCUAAUGUAAGACUGGGUUUAUAUAUUUUCGUUGGACUCGCGCUCUUCAUUAUCCUCAGUCUUGCAGUGUUCUGCAUCUACAAAAAAGGAAGAACAGGAUCUGCAUGUCUAGAGGAAAAGAUACAGCAGCACUGUCCUCCUUUGUUCCACAAUAAGCCUCAACCUGCUGAAGAAAAAAUAGCUAUAAACUUUGAACAGCCGACCUUGGAGCAUACCAAUGAACCAGAGGAGGACAAUGAACAAGAUGACCAUUUUAAGCACGGUCUGUCCGCAAACGGCCUGCCCAUUGAUCAGGAUCAUAGCAAAAUAUCUAUUCUUUCUCAGCCUGAAACAGUAAGAAGCUCAGAAGGAAGCUAUUCAGACCAUCUUUAAGAUACACAUGAGAUUGUGAGAGAAGAAAACUUUUCAACAGCGUCUUUGAGUGCAUUACUUGGUCACAUGUUAGUAUGCUGCUUGUCGGGGACAUGGAGCAGUUGACAUUUGCUAUUAGAAAUACAGUUCUUAGGAGUAGCUGUAACUUUUAAAUCAUUUCCAUAGAAAACAGUUUCACCAUACUGAGCAAAACGCAGAACCCUGAUGACUCAAAGUACAUAUUUAAGAAGCACCUGCCCCACUGGCUUUUACGAUAGGCAGCUAGGUUUCAAAUCAACAGGUUUCCUGUUGUUUUACUAUGUUAAGGGAGAAUGUAUUGAAAUUAUUGUCUAAGGUAAUUGACCACAUGAUACAGAAGCAGAUAGAGAUUAGGUAGAAAACGCUGGAGUAUUCAUUUAAAACGGAAUUGUUCACAGUGGUGAUGAGAGGAACCAGACAUCCAAAGCAUUUAAUGCAACUUAAAGCUCCCUCACAAAAAAAUGAAUACAUGGAAUGGUUAUGAAUACACUGCCUGAUACUAGUUCUGACAUAGGAUUUUGGCCUAAAUUGUACUUUUUUAAACAUUCAUGGCAGAGAAGUACAUGCAGGGUGCUUUGAGUAUUUUUCCAGAUUGACCACUUUUUUAUCCUGUGGCAAAUCGUGACUAUUAGCAGUAGGCUUUCAAUUCGGGCCAUAGAUGUCAAAACAAAGUCAGACCAAGAGGAACAAAACACCCCGACCACAAUACUAAUUUCUGCCAGCAUCCCUAUUGGAGCUGGAAUUAUCGUUUGUUAGCGCUAAGAUCACAAAUUAUCAUGUAAUUAGCAUGAACAUUCUAGAUAAAACAGACAGUUAAAACUUUUAAUUCCAUGUUUCACAUGAAGACAUAUCAGCAUGUAUUUUAACUUGUAGCAGUAACUCGUGCAGAAGCAGCUGCCGUUGUUUUCCGUUUCUAACUGUUGAACCUGUUCACAGUCAGUGACGUAUGUAGGACUCCCAGAGGACAUAGUGAGGGUUUUUUUUUUUUUUUCGCUAAAUUGGCCCCGCCCAUUGGAAAUCAAAAGCUGAUUGGUUGAUUCCUCUGUCACUUUGCAGGGCUAGCUUAACAAUAUCCUGCUAGAGAGCACAGUGGGGAAACAGUUCCUGGACUUGUUUCCACCCAAUAUGUAACAACAUAGCAAGAGUAGUACUGUAACACAGGCACAGUGUAGGCUCACUGGUAGUUGAGGCAGCAAAUAAAAUGUCUAUAUUUGCAAUGUAGAUAUCACAGCCCCUGGUUCCUGUCACCACCACUGUAAAGAGUUUCUCUACAAUGAACUAUUCAAGAUCAAACCACCCUGAAGAACUUUACAGUUUACAGUUGAAUUAUUGAAUCAGGCAUACAUUUUGAACGCUAUGUAAUAUAUUUUGAAAUAUAAGUAAUUCCAUGCAGCCACACCAUGUUCAUUCAUUUUGUCAGCUGUUUCGAUGGUACGGUGUCCAGUUAAGGUGACCUCUGCAUGUUCUAAACCCCGGCUGCUCAUGAUACAGAGUGUUAUUUUAUUCUACUCUAAUUUUCAGCUGAUUUGUAUAUUGUAAAUGGCUUGUUCUGGUGUGGCUUAUGAGAGCUGUUGCACUACUUUCUGUAGCUCAUCAGUUGAGUAUUCUUAUAAUAUAAUUCUUGUGUCUACAGUAUUGUGCAAAAAACAACUACAUGCAAUAAGAAUUGUUUGUUUUUAAAGAAACGCUUAUUGAUAUCCUUGUUAGUACACAUAUCUGAUUGCAUGAAUUGGUUAAAUAAGUUAGUUGCUAGCCGUAUUUGCGUAGUACCUUACGUUCCAAAUAUCUAACCUGUUUGCCGUGUUCAUUUGUAAAUAUAUUGUUUUAUACAUCACUGUCUGUUUUAAUAUUUUUAAUCCAGCAUGAAUGUAGGAACGUAAAGUGAAAUAAAUAUUUAAAAAGAACUGA